AGUUUCUCCAUGUUGUUAAAAUAAUCACACCCUAUCAUUAGUAGUUCAUUACUGGUUAUAACAUUGGACAUGUAAUUAAAUAUUUCACCAUGUACUCAAAUAUUUAAAUAUUCAACUCAAUUCCUAAUAUGCAGUUGUGAUUAUAGACAUCAGCAUGUGAAGUCAUGCAGACUUUUAUUUUGGUCUGGUUGUGUGACGUCAUAAGGCGGCGUCGCGCUCCUGCAUCUGUAGUGAUUCUGCUGAAAGUAAAACCCCUGGUGAAGCGACUCAGAUUCACGUGACACACUAUUAUAAAGAUGCCGUUUAUUAAAGAGGAGAUUGAAGACAUAAAGAUGGCGUUUAUGAAAGAGGAGAGUGAAGACAUGAAGAUUGAAGAAACAUUCAGAGUGAAACAUGAAGAUACUGAGAAACAAACAGACCUGACGUCGCUGAAAGAGGAGACUGAAGUACUGAAUGAAAUAGAAGAGAAAGAUCAACAAAAUAAUCAUCAUGAUUUAAUAACUGGAGGGAAAUAUUUUGGUUGCUUACAGACUGAAAAGACAUCCUCACGAAAAAGAGCUCAAAAGGCAGGGAAUAGAAGUUAUUUCACAUGUCAACAAUGUGCAAAGAGUUUCAAACACAAAGGAAGUUUUAACAAGCACCUAAGAAUUCACACUGGAGAGAAGCCUUACACGUGCCCUCAGUGUGGAAAGAGUUUCAGUCAACAUGAAAGCCUUAAAUACCACAUGGUAUUUCACACUGGAGAGAAGCCUUACACUUGUCAACAGUGUGGAAGCAGGUUCACUCAAAAAGGAAGCCUUAACAGGCACAUGAGCAUUCACACUAGAGAGAGCCUUUUCACCUGCCUUCAGUGUGGAAUGAGUUUCACUCUGAAAGGAAGCUUUAACAGACACAUGAAAAUCCACACCGGAGGGAAGUCUUACAAAUGCCCUCAAUGUGGAAAGAGUUUUGAUCAAAAUGGAAAACUUAAAGUCCACAUGAGAAUUCACACUAGAGAGAAACCUUACAUGUGCUCUCAGUGUGGAAAGACGUUCACUCAAAAAGGACGCCAAAAACUACACAUGAGGAUUCACUCUGGAGAGAAACCCUACAUGUGCUCUCAGUGUGGAAAGGGUUUCAUUCAGAAGGGACACUUAGAAGACCACAUGAGAAUUCACACUGGAGAGAAGCCUUUCACCUGCCAACAGUGUGGAAAAAGUUUCACCAAUAAAGGAUAUCUUGUUUACCACAUGAGAAUACACACUGGAGAGAAGCCUUACACCUGUCAACAGUGUGGAAAAAGAUUCGCUCGAAAAGGAACUCUUAAAAUCCACUUGAGAAUUCACUCCGGAGAGAAACCCUACAUUUGCGUUUAGUGUGGAGUAGUUUCAAUAGUAGAGGAAACCCUAACAGGCACGUUAGAAUUCACUCCAUUGUGUGUUCGGUGUGGAAAAAGUUUAAAAUAGGACACUUUAAAGACCACACGAGAAUUCACACUGGAGAGAAGCCCUUCACCUGCAAACAAUGUGGAAAAAGUUUUUAACCAAAUAGGAAUCCUUCACAGGCACGUUAGAGUUCACACUGGAGAGAAGCUGUUUAAAUGUUGGCACUGUGAAAACACUUUCAGAUAUAAAGAAACCCUGAGUACCACAUAAGGCAUCGUAUAUGAGAGUUUCACUGAAAGGAAUCACCUGAGGAGUCAUGUAAUAACUCACACCAGAGAGAAGCCAUUCAUGAAGCAAACCUUGAGAUUUACAUAAGCAUCCUGAUAUACUCAGUUAUAUUUCUUUCUUUGCUUAGGGGUUAAAAGAGGUUUAAAAUACCUGAACAGUGGACUUCCCUAUUGCCAGCAGGAGCUGUGGGUAUUCAUUUCAGCAAUAGCAUUCAAUUUCAUUGUCAAUGAGAAUGUGGAGUGGUAAUUACCCAGUCUUCUAAAUUGGUUUAAAACUAUGUAGCCACUGUCUGUUUUUAGCUUUUUUAACAAACGUGAAAUGGGUAAAAUAUAAAUCACUUUAAUUGUAGUAGUGUGUAAAGGGGUCAUACAAUAGUUCUGAAAAGAACAUUAUUUUGUGUAUUUACAUUUUACAUGGUUUUAGGUUAAAAAAAAGUCAAAUAUUUUACACAUAUCAUACAUUGUUGUUGCUCCUCUAUGCCCCGCCUUUCUGAUUUUUACAAAGCUCAUUGGCCAGCGAUCUAGUGCAUUGUGAGUGGCCCGAAUACCUUAAGCGUGUGAUGGAAAUGUCACGCCUCUUAAAGCAAUAUUGACAGGUGAUAAUAUCGGUACUACCUUAUCAGUUUGAGCCCGAAUCUAAUCCAGAAAAUGCAGAUGACCAAGCUGAUCGAUCAACUUUGCCAGUGCGACUGGACCAGAAUGUAUCAGAUUGGUAAGGUUUUAUUUGAAGGUUUUAUUUUUAUUUUGUUCCAUGUCAUGUUUAAGGGCAUGAAAAUGUCAGUGUCCCUACAAUAACAGACCGGCACGCAUUAAUAAAUUAUUCAUUCAA